GCCUCGGGCUCGGCUCGGGCUCCCGCAACGGCGCCCCCCGUGCUGGGCCCCGGGACAGGCGGCAGUAAUCCGGCCAUGGCCCGAGCCCAGGCGCUUGUCCUGGCGCUCACCUUUCAGCUCUGCGCGCCGGAGACCGAGACUCCGGCAGCUGGCUGCACCUUCGAGGAGACAAGUGACCCAGCAGUGCCCUGUGAGUACAGCCAGGCCCAAUAUGAUGACUUCCAGUGGGAGCAAGUGAGAAUCCACCCUGGCACUCGGGCCCCUGCGGACCUGCCCCACGGCUCGUACCUGAUGGUCAAUACUUCCCAGCAUGCCCCAGGCCAGCGCGCCCAUGUCAUCUUCCAGAGCCUAAGCGAGAAUGACACCCACUGUGUGCAGUUCAGCUACUUUCUGUACAGCAGGGAUGGGCACAGCCCGGGCACUUUGGGUGUCUAUGUGCGUGUUAAUGGGGGCCCCUUGGGCAGUGCCGUCUGGAAUAUGACUGGAUCUCAUGGCCGUCAGUGGCACCAAGCUGAGCUGGCUGUCAGCACCUUCUGGCCCAAUGAAUAUCAGGUGCUGUUUGAGGCCCUCAUCUCCCCAGACCGCAGGGGCUACAUGGGCCUAGAUGACAUCCUGCUUCUCAGCUACCCCUGCGCAAAGGCCCCGCACUUCUCCCGCCUGGGUGAUGUGGAGGUCAACGCUGGUCAGAAUGCCUCAUUCCAGUGCAUGGCGGCAGGCAGAGCGGCGGAGGCAGAGCGCUUCCUUCUGCAGCGACAGAGCGGGGCUCUGGUGCCUGCAGUCAGCGUCCGGCACAUCAGCCACAGGCGCUUCCUGGCCACUUUCCCGUUGGUUGCCGUGGGCCGCCCGGAGCAGGACCUGUACCGCUGUGUAUCUCAGGCCCCGCGCGGUGCGGGUGUCUCCAACUUUGCUGAACUCAUUGUCAAGGAGCCCCCCACGCCCAUCGCGCCCCCACAGCUGCUGCGGGCCGGCCCCACCUACCUCAUCAUUCAGCUCAACACCAACUCCAUCAUCGGCGACGGGCCCAUCGUGCGCAAAGAGAUUGAGUACCGCAUGUCGCGUGGCCCGUGGGCAGAGGUGCAUGCUGUCAGCCUGCAGACCUACAAGCUGUGGCACCUCGACCCGGACACCGAGUAUGAGAUCAGCGUGCUGCUCACCCGCCCGGGAGAUGGCGGUACUGGACGCCCGGGGCCACCUCUCAUCAGCCGCACCAAGUGCGCAGAACCCAUGAGGGCCCCCAAAGGCCUGGCCUUCGCUGAGAUCCAGGCCCGCCAGCUGACCCUGCAGUGGGAACCGCUGGGCUACAACGUGACGCGUUGCCACACCUACACUGUGUCCCUGUGCUAUCACUACACUCCGGGCAGCAGCCACAACCAGACCAUCCGGGAGUGCGUGAAGACGGAGCCGGGUGCCAGCCGCUACACCAUCAAGAACCUGCUGCCCUAUCGGAAUGUUCACGUGCGGCUCGUCCUCACUAACCCUGAGGGGCGUAAGGAGGGCAAGGAGGUCACCUUCCAGACGGAUGAGGAUGUGCCUGGCGGAAUUGCAGCCGAGUCUCUGACAUUCACUCCACUGGAGGACAUGAUCUUUCUUAAGUGGGAGGAGCCCCAGGAACCCAACGGCCUCAUCACUCAGUAUGAGAUCAGCUACCAGAGCAUCGAGUCGUCAGACCCGGCGGUGAACGUGCCGGGCCCACGACGUACCAUCUCCAAGCUCCGAAACGAGACCUACCAUGUCUUCUCCAACCUGCACCCAGGCACCACCUACCUGUUCUCUGUGCGGGCCCGCACAAGCAAAGGCUUUGGCCAGGCAGCGCUCACUGAGAUCACCACCAACAUCUCAGCCCCCAGCUUCGAUUAUGCUGACAUGCCGUCACCCCUGGGCGAGUCAGAGGACACCAUCACCGUGUUGCUGAGGCCGGCACAGGGCCGCGGUGCACCCAUCAGUGUGUACCAGGUGAUUGUGGAGGAGGAGCGGCCGAGGCGGCUGCGUCGGGAGCCAGGUGGCCAGGACUGCUUCCCAGUGCCACUGACCUUUGAGGCGGCGCUGGCCCGAGGCUUGGUGCAUUACUUUGGGGCUGAACUGGCGGCCAGCAGUCUGCCUGAGGCCAUGCCCUUCACUGUGGGUGACAAUCAGACAUAUCGAGGCUUCUGGAACCCACCACUUGAGCCCAGGAAAGCCUACCUCAUUUACUUCCAGGCGACAAGCCACCUGAAGGGGGAGACUCGGCUGAAUUGCAUCCGCAUCGCCAGGAAAGCUGCCUGCAAGGAAAGCAAGCGGCCCCUGGAGGUGUCCCAGAGAUCAGAGGAGAUGGGGCUUAUUCUGGGCAUCUGUGCAGGGGGCCUUGCUGUCCUCAUCCUCCUCCUGGGGGCCAUCAUUGUCAUCAUCCGCAAAGGGAGAGACCACUAUGCCUACUCCUACUACCCGAAGCCGGUGAACAUGACCAAGGCCACCGUCAAUUACCGCCAGGAGAAGACCCACAUGAUGAGCGCUGUGGACCGGAGCUUCACAGACCAGAGCACCCUGCAGGAGGAUGAGAGGCUGGGCCUGUCCUUCAUGGACACCCACGGCUACAGCUCCCGGGGAGACCAGCGCAGUGGUGCAGUCACUGAGGCCAGCAGCCUCCUGGGGGGCUCUCCGCGGCGGCCGUGUGGCCGGAAGGGAUCCCCGUACCACACUGGGCAGCUGCACCCUGCGGUACGUGUGGCCGACCUCCUGCAGCACAUCAACCAGAUGAAGACGGCCGAGGGCUACGGCUUCAAGCAGGAGUAUGAGAGCUUUUUUGAAGGCUGGGAUGCCACAAAGAAGAAAGACAAGCUCAAGGGCAGCCGGCAGGAGCCUAUGCCUGCUUAUGAUCGGCACCGAGUGAAACUCCACCCGAUGCUGGGAGACCCUAAUGCCGACUACAUUAAUGCCAACUAUAUAGACGGUUACCACAGGUCAAACCACUUCAUAGCCACCCAAGGGCCGAAGCCUGAGAUGGUCUAUGACUUCUGGCGCAUGGUGUGGCAGGAGCACUGUUCCAGCAUCGUCAUGAUCACCAAGCUGGUUGAGGUGGGCAGGGUAAAAUGCUCCCGGUACUGGCCAGAGGACUCAGACAUGUACGGGGACAUCAAGAUCACGCUGGUGAAGACAGAGACUCUAGCUGAGUAUGUCGUGCGCACCUUUGCCCUGGAGCGGAGAGGCUACUCUGCCCGGCACGAGGUCCGCCAGUUCCACUUCACAGCGUGGCCAGAGCAUGGUGUCCCCUACCAUGCCACAGGGCUGCUGGCCUUUAUCCGGCGCGUGAAGGCCUCCACCCCACCUGAUGCUGGGCCCAUUGUCAUCCACUGCAGCGCGGGCACUGGCCGCACAGGAUGCUACAUUGUCCUGGAUGUGAUGCUGGACAUGGCAGAGUGUGAGGGCGUCGUGGACAUUUACAACUGCGUGAAGACCCUCUGCUCCCGGCGUGUCAACAUGAUCCAGACUGAGGAGCAGUACAUCUUUAUUCACGAUGCAAUCCUGGAGGCCUGCCUGUGUGGGGAGACCACCAUCCCUGUGAGUGAGUUCAGGGCUACCUACAAGGAGAUGAUCCGCAUUGAUCCUCAGAGUAAUUCCUCCCAGCUGCGGGAAGAGUUCCAGACGCUCAACUCAGUCACACCGCCGCUGGACGUGGAGGAGUGUAGCAUCGCCCUGCUGCCCCGGAACCGCGACAAGAACCGCAGCAUGGAUGUCCUGCCUCCCGACCGCUGCCUGCCGUUCCUCAUUUCCACCGAUGGGGACCCCAACAACUAUAUCAACGCAGCUCUAACUGAUAGCUAUACUCGAAGCGCGGCCUUCAUCGUGACCCUGCACCCAUUGCAGAGUACCACACCCGACUUCUGGAGGCUGGUCUACGACUAUGGCUGUACCUCCAUCGUCAUGCUCAACCAGCUGAACCAGUCCAACUCUGCCUGGCCCUGCCUGCAGUACUGGCCGGAGCCAGGCCGGCAGCAAUAUGGCCUCAUGGAGGUGGAGUUUGUGUCAGGCACAGCAGAUGAAGACUUGGUGGCCCGAGUCUUUCGGGUGCAGAACAUCUCUCGGCUGCAGGAGGGGCACCUGCUGGUGAGGCACUUCCAGUUCCUGCGGUGGUCUGCAUACCGGGACACACCUGACUCCAAGAAGGCCUUCCUACACCUGCUGACUGAGGUGGACAAGUGGCAGGCAGAGAACGGGGAUGGGCGCACUGUUGUGCACUGCCUGAAUGGGGGCGGACGAAGCGGUACCUUCUGUGCCUGCGCGACAGUCUUGGAGAUGAUCCGUUGCCACAGCCUGGUGGAUGUUUUCUUUGCUGCCAAAACGCUUCGGAACUACAAGCCCAAUAUGGUGGAGACUAUGGAUCAGUACCACUUUUGCUAUGACGUGGCCCUGGAGUACCUGGAAGGGCUGGAGUCAAGAUAGCGGGACCUCUGGCCUUGGGCACCCACUGCAUACUCAGGGCCAGACCCACCAUCCCAGACUGGAGAGGAAGAUCUGUGCCUCCAACUCUGCCCAACUGCAGCCCCCGAUGGGGAAAGCACUAGAGUGGAUGCUGGGCCGUCUUGGUGCCCUCUUCCACUUUGGGCAGGGCCUUUCACUGUCACAGGGGUGGGUUAUGGGCCAGGAAGAGUUUGGCAAGACUGCAGCCCAGCCCCACCUUUAUAGGGACCUGCAGGCCUGAUAGGCUGCUAGGCCUAAUAGUGCCAGGCUGAUAGGCUAGGCACUGCUUGGUGGAUCGAUGGGCUUGGGACAGCCAACUCUGGGGCACCCAGCCCAAGCCCCUUGACUCUAUCUGAGCCUUUGGCAGUGAUGAGGGAGGCCAUGCAGGGUGUCCAAGGCUUCUACAUACUUGGCUCUCCCUACACACGGUUAGGGAGUGCUAUGGGGUCAGCAUCGAGGAUUCACCUGGCCCAGCCCCUGAGAGUCCUAGGGAGACUGGAAUCUGCCUGAAUUGCCAGUGGGGCACAGUGACUAUCCUCCCCAGAGGAACUGUGGCACUCUCCUCUACCCCACGGCCCCCUGCAGCCCUAGGGAUAUUCUGCUCACCUUCCUUCCCCACUCCAUUUCUUUGUGUGCUCUGAGCUUUCCUGAACCAGGAUCUGCCUUCCCUACAAGACUCCAGACCCUGUAUCUACAGAGUGAAGUUGCUUCAGCCUUCUCUUCCUCUAACCCUCAGGCUUUGCUGGCCUGCCUGCUCAGCUUGGGAUAGUGACAUUUUGCAAGUUGGAACAGCAGUCCCUGGGGUUAAGGUCCCUGUGGCCCCUGGUCAGUCUGCCUGUGGGGAGGGAGCAGAGAUAGAGCAGGGCUGGUUCCAGCACCUAGAGUUCAGAGGAAACUCCAUUUUGGGAUGGAGGAUCAGUGCUUUUUUCUUUAUUUUGUUAUUUUUGGAUGGGUGGGUGGGAAGGUCUCUUUAAAAUGGGGCAGACCACACCCCAUUCUGUGCCUCAGUUUCCCCAUCUGUAAACUGUAGAUACGACUACUGACCUACCUCGCAGGGGGCUGUGGGGAGGCUUAAGCUGAUGUUUGUAAAGUGCUUUGUAAAUAAACAUGCUCUCUGAAUGCCACA